AAAAGAGAGGCGGGAGAGGGAGCACCACGCUUCUGGUCCGCCCCCGAGUUACCGCACACGAGCCAUUUAACGGUACGAGCCGAGCCAACUGUAGAACGCGAGCGCGUGAACGCUGUCCCCGCCCCCCUCGCGCGGAAUAAGGGGAGAAAAAUACAGAGAGACCUCGAGCUCACGGGGAGGGAUGGCUGCAGCUGCACCGCUGGAUUGUGUUUACGACCGGGAGCACGAGACCAUCACGGCCUCCAGGGGGGAGAACUCCGCGCGCGCCCGGCGUUUGAACGCACGCUCCGUCUUCACGCUCGGCGUCUGGAGUCCGUGAGGCUUCUCGCCACAGUCCGUCCCGCCUGACGUCCCCCACCCGCUCGGUUAGUGGAGCGCAGCCUGACGCCGUAUUCCUGGAUACCGAGCUUUCUCUUUCUGCGUCGGUGAAAUAUCCCGCCCCGCCGCUGGAAACCUCGAACGGCCCGGCGGCGUCCAGGUCCAGGCUCCAUCCAGCAGCAGCGCUGCACCUACAGGAGGGUGGUGGUGUUAUCGCGGCCGGGGAGGAGGGUUGGGGUUGGGGGGUGUGGAGAGGGGGGGGAUCCGAGAGCAUCCCUCCAUCCCGCGGAGUAUAUCCUUCCCUCUCGUUCCCUGACCCCCCACCCCCUCCACCCCCUCCCCAUAUGCUAGAAAUCUAGGUGUGUUUUGUGCGUGGGGGGGUCUCAUCUUGCCAAGGAGGGGUGCGGGGAGGCUGCCCGUGGCCCGCGGAACCCUCCGCCUGCUGAGGCUGGGCUGAAGCGCCGCUGUGCCGAAGGAUGCUGCGGGAGUAGAGCGGCUCAGAGCGGAACAUGGGGAAGGACCAGGAAUUACUGCAGGCGGUGAAGACCGAGGACCUUCUCACCGUGCAGAAGCUGCUGCAGAGGCCCCGACCAGGGAAAGCAAAGCUCCUUGGAUCUACGAAGAAGGUGAAUGUGAACUUUCAGGAUACAGAUGGGUUUUCUCCCCUGCAUCAUGCAGCUCUUAACGGGAAUCUGGAGCUGGUCUCUCUGCUGUUGGAGUCGCAGGCCGCUGUCGACAUCAGAGACCAGAAAGGAAUGCGGCCGCUGCACUAUGCCGCCUGGCUGGGGAAGGCUGAGCCCAUGAAGAUGCUGCUGAAGGCAGGUUCAUCUGUCAACGGCCAAUCAGACGAAGGCCAGAUACCUCUGCACCUGUCAGCGCAACACGGCCACUAUGAUGUGUCUGAGAUGCUGCUGCAGCACCAGUCGAACCCAUGCAUCGUGGAUAAUGCAGGGAAAACACCUCUGGACCUGGCCUGUGAAUUUGGCAGGGUCGGGGUGGUCCAGUUGUUGCUUUCUAGUAAUAUGUGCGCUGCUUUGUUGGAACCUAAAAAAGGAGACACAGCAGACCCCAAUGGGACGUCUCCGCUCCACCUGGCUGCCAAAAAUGGGCAUAUAGACAUAAUCAGACUGCUGAUCCAGGCCGGCAUUGACAUCAACAGGCAGACCAAAGCGGGCACUGCCCUGCAUGAAGCAGCCCUGUGUGGAAAGACUGAGGUAGUGAGACUCCUGCUGGAGAGCGGUAUCAACGCAGCUGUCAGAAACACCUACAGCCAGACGGCGCUUGACAUCGUCUACCAGUUCACAGCAACGCAAGCCAGCAGGGAGAUAAAGCAACUGCUGAGGGAUGCAUCGGCGGCCCUGCAGGUUAGAGCUCUGAAGGAUUACUGCAACAACUACGACCUGACCAGUCUCAACAUCAAAGCUGGAGACGUCAUCACGGUGUUGGAGCAACAUCCUGACGGACGCUGGAAAGGCUGUAUCCAUGACAACCGAACAGGAAAUGAUCGAGUCGGGUACUUCCCAUCCACUCUGGUGGAGGUCAUCAGCAAGCGCACAGGUUUGGCCAGCACAGUCAUUUGCACUCAACAAUUUCAAAAGAUACCGCUGGUUGCCCCGGCGACGGUUGCCCCUGCCAACGCGGUAGUCAACGGCAACGACACCACGUUUCAUCAGAUCCAUAUCCUGCCUCCACCGCCUCCUCCACCACCACAUUCCCAUCAGCCACUGCUUCCACUUUUCACUUCCUUUGGGUAUAACAGGUCGCCCGUGACAACUCCACAGGGAGACACACCCACUGCCCCAGGUUGUCGAGGCUCAGAGGCAAGUCCUCACAGUUCUCCCACCCCAUCCAGCGGGCCCCAUGGAGGCUCCAACGAAGAGAUCUGGGUUCUGCGCAAGCCCGUGGCAGGUGGAGAUCGCAGCAGCGUGGGGAGUUCUGGGAGUGUGACCAGCGUGAGGUCUUCGGGCAGCGGUCAGAGCGCCACCAGCGCGGCGCACAUCCUCCACGCGCAGGCGGAGGGCGUAAAGCUUUUAGCCACGGUCUUGUCCCAGUCUACCAAAGCCAAGGAGCAUUUGAUGGAGCAGUCCAAGUCUGUGGACCAACCUGCAGGCUCUGCUAGCUCCUCUCGGACGUCAAGCCAAUCAGGCUGUCCGCUCCACGAAGCGCCGCCCUAUGAUGCGACAGCAACCAGGAAGGGGGAGGUUCCAUGCGAGGGGAAGAGCUCAGAGGCCGUUGUCCAAUGGCUGAGCGACUUUCAGCUGCAGGUCUACGCUCCAAACUUCCUGGGUGCGGGCUAUGACCUGCCCACCAUUAGCCGAAUGACUCCGGAGGAUCUGACAGCGAUCGGAAUAACUAAACCGGGCCACAGAAAGAAGAUUACAUCAGAGAUUAACAAGCUCAGUGUCACAGAGUGGCUGCCAGAGCAGAAGCCUAACAACCUGGGGGAAUGGUUGUCGGCUAUAGGUCUGAGCCAGUACCACCAGGUUCUGGUGCAGAACGGUUAUGAAAACAUCGACUUCAUCACGGACAUCACCUGGGAAGACCUGCAGGAAAUAGGAAUCACGAAACUGGGUCACCAGAAGAAGCUGAUGCUGGCCGUGAAGCGGUUGGCUGAAAUGCAGCGCAGCUCAGACGGGCGGGGCUCCCUGCGAAAGAAGCCACCGCCAAUCACCCAGCAGCAGGAAGUCAUCUCAAUGGAUAGCCCUCCCCUGGAUGAGGUCAUCAUGUCGCCAAAGAUGAGUACCUUCCAGGACAGCGAGUUGAGCUCAGAGCUACAGAAUGCCAUCACUCACCCAGGUCAGGAGGUCAGAGCUCAGCGAAUUCGCAACCCUAGCAAGGACCAUGACGAGGGCAUUCCUGCGGGUUGUGGGCCGCCGAAGAAGGAGGCGCGGACGAUGAGGCAGCAAAGCAGCCAGGGAAGCACCUCGUCCCAUAGAGGCAGCGUUUCAUCGCAAGGCAAACACCGUCACUCUCACAACCAGCCAGCACCUCCCUACACCCCCCCACACACACCUACCAAGACCAGGACGUCAUCUUCCUCCUCCGCCUCCUCUGUUCAGAGCACAGCUUCCCCACAGAGCAAAAACAAACCAUCUCCUCAGCCAAUACAAGCGGAGCAACCUCAGUCGCACUCACACCCACCUCAGUCUCCGACCCAGCGUGGAGCCCCGUGUCAAGUCCCCCAGCCGCAGCAGCCGCAGCAGCAGCAGCAGCCGCAACCUCAAGUUCAACAGCAGCCUCAGCCCCAUCCUCAUCACCACCCACAGACGCAGGUAAUGGAGGUAAGAGAAAACCCACAGCAGCCGGUUCCACACCUCAGCCUACCACCUGAAGCCGAACUGGAAGAGGCCGAGGGAGUGGAAGCCUCAGCCCUCAAGAAAAAACAUCCCCACAGCCUCAACCGAUACGCCGUCUCAGAUGGGGAGUGUGAUGAGAGGGUAGAGGGCGGAGAAGGUGGAGGAGGAGGAGGAGGUGGAGGAGGAGAAAGAGAAGCAGAGGCAGCAGUAGCUCAGGGCCCCACGGUUGUGAGAGCGGACGGAGGCAAGUACGCCACGGUGACCCACCGCGUCAGCCGCAGCCAUUCUGUCCGUAACCAGGAAAAGGGCCGCAGCCAGACCCAGACCUUAGCUUUGCGUCAGAAGAAGAAGGGUCCUCCGCCGCCCCCACCGAAACGCUCCAGCUCUGCCAUCUCCACCUCCAACUCUAACUUGACGGAGGCCAACACGCAGCUGCAGACACACACCACCACAGGAGGGAUGCUGGAUGUGCCUUACCACCAACAGCGGCGGGCCAGCGACCUGGGGAUGUCCGUGGAGACGGCUGCCGUGGAGACCAACAGCGUGGGCAGCGUGAGGAGCAUCGCCGCCAUGUUAGAGAUGUCUUCCAUAGGGGGCGGGGCCAAAGGCAUGGCACUGCAGAGGAAUUACCUGCAGGUGGGAAAAACCCGGGAGGCCAUCGGCCUGGAUGGAGAAGUUGUGAACCGACGGAGAACCAUCAGCGGGCCUGUAACUGAGCUGGUGGAGGCUGCCAGGCGGGAACAACCAACUCCCAUUGAUUUUGCCCCGUCCUCCAACCAACCCCAACCUCAAGCCUCCCCUCCUCUUGUAAACUCCUCUUCGCCUCCUCUUGUAAAUUCCUCUCCUCUCCCUCCAUCUUCCCCACUCCCCUGCCCCGGAGGCAGCGGCAACUCAUCCGAGAACCUACCGUUCGCCGAAGAGGGAAGCCUUACGAUCCGCCGGCACGCUCGAGGAGAAGGAGAAGGACAGUGUGUAUUUUGUGUUUGUCUGCAGGGUGACGGCGACGGCCCCCCGGGAGACGGGGGCUUCACCCCGGAGGACACCCCCGAAGCAACCGGGACCUUAAAACGACGGCCUCGCAUUUCCAAGUCCCACCCCAACGGCUCGGACUUCACCCUCCAGGAGUCCUCCACCGUCAAACGCCGGCCCAAGAGCCGCGACAAGGAGCCCGAGGGCUUCGCCGAAAUGGCGGCUGCUAACGGGGAAGCGGUCGGCAGCGGGCAGCCCAACACCACACAGCCGGUGCCGUACCAGAACGGCACGGCCACCGUCAAACGCCGCCGGCCCUCCGAUGCCGGAGUGACAGAACAGCCGCAACCUCAGCCUCAACUGCAGCAUCAGCCUCAGAAUCAGGCUCCCCAACAAGUGACUGCAGCCCCCCGCAGGGACAGCGUGGAUCAGGGAGCUCCUGCAGUAAACGAAGGAGGGCCUGUGAGGAAACCUAAGCCUCCGGUCUCCCCGAAACCUGUCGUGGCUCAGAUAAAAAGGCAAGGAGGCCCACAGACCCCACCACACGCUGCCCCCAAUAAGAGAGUUCCGCUGCCGGGGCCGGGGACUCCCGGAAGUCCAGUGGAAGGAAAGAAGAUCCCUCCACCAGUCUCGCCUAAGCCAGCACCCCCACCCACAGCGCCAAAACCGGCCAAGCUGAUGCACUCAAUGACAAGCCCCGCCUCCCCAACCUCUGCUUCCACCCAGGCCAAGCAGCACUCUGCGGUGGCACGACAGACCAGUUCACCCACCUCCUUCCUGCCGUGCAACAGCCCCAACCCUCCGGUCCCCAAGCCGACCAGCCCGUCUUCUCAAAGCCCCCACACGCCGCAGACCCCCACUACUCCUCAGACGCCCCAGACCCCCGCCACUCCCAGCCCGACCCCGCCACCCGUAAAACCGCCCCGCUCCUCCAUCGGUGGUGUGUCGGUGGACAGUGGGAUCGCAGGGGGCGCUGUCUCACCACAGGCCUCCACCACGGCAGACUUUGGCGUGGACUCUUUGGUGCAUCAGAAGCUGGAGGAGACGAGCGCAUCACUGGCUGCUGCUCUGCAGGCCGUGGAGGAUAAGAUUCUGCGGCAGGACGACUCUAUGGCGGAGCAGAAGACCACGGUGAGCAUCCUCGACGACAUCGGCAGCAUGUUUGACGACUUGGCCGACCAGCUGGACGCCAUGUUGGAGUAACAGCAGAAACCGAUCUGGCGAAUCUCCAUGGCAACGCUGCAUCAGGACUGAAUCAGAUGGCACAAGAGGCAACCCUCCUCUCUAUCUCUCUCACCUCUUCUCUUCAUCCACCUCUCUCUGCCGCUCUCCUCUCCUCUUUGCUCCGAGCCGCUGUCCGUCCAUUUGUCCAUCGCUGCUCCCGCAGGAACUCGACUUUCUUCUCAUUCCCUUUGCACGAUGCAAGAACAAAACAAAACAGAGAGGGGAAAAGAAAAAAAAAAACAAUAAAAGAGACAGAGCAGCGACACAGGCCUGGACAGAGAUGUGGCAGAGAGAAUCGACAGCACUGAAAAGUGGAUAAAAAGAGGGGCAGAAGAAGAGGGAAUUAAAAAUUCGAACCUAUUUGGAGGGAAAAAGAAAAAAAAAACACACACACAAGAGGGAUUAAUAAAGAAACGUGUCACCGUGGAGAAGACUGCAAUCACGACGGGAGUCUUUUAAGAGCUCCAGAUGGACUCUAAGUGAACAAAUACAGAUUUAAAAACCAACUGUGUGAUGAAUCAUAGUAUGGUAUGUGUACAUUCUAAGCAUGGAGAGUUUAUAUCUACUGAACAAGUCCUGCAUUAGCACAGUAAUAUAUGAUAUACGCCGAUAAAUAUAAAUCUCUAGCUCUUUGAUUUGAUGUCCUGGUUCUGUGUGGAAUGGUGACCUCUGGUGUUGUGAUGAUGUAAAAUGACUUGGUGGAAAUUUAUUAUAUGUGACCAAACUGAGACUAUUCACCUCCCGAUGGGUGUGCGUGCGUGCGGCGGCGUUUGUGCGGGUGAGGGUGAGUGACGGAACGCCUCACGAGAACGUCGUGGAAAAUUUCAGGAUCGGACCCGAGUCACGCGGCCUACAUCGCCCUGCAUAUGCACACACCCUGCACACGCACACACACGCACACACGGACAGGCCCACGCGCACACAGCAGAAGCACAACGGCCCACGCAGCUGGCUUGCACACACAAACACAAACACACACAGGAACCUUCGUGAUAUGAAGUAAAACCAUAGGAAAGUAGGGCUACCACAGGUGGUUUUGAGGAUUUAGCAGGUAAAGUUUGAGUGAAACAGUUAAGGGUGUUGUGGAGAACUUAAAAAAAAAAAUUAUUUCUGAAAAGGUUGAGGUAAAGGAGUCUGACAUUUCCCGGUGUGCAUGGUUAGAUGGGUCUGAGUGGCCCCAAAGCACCUUGUGAAGGUCAGCACAAGCACCACGGUCAACAAAGAGGGCUUCAAAAAAACGCUGCUGACCGACAAAGUACAGCAGCAAACUUCAGGUUCCAUUGUCAGACAGUCUGAACUUCAUCCAAAACCCUAAAACCUGCUCUCUCCUUUCACCAACCGCAAUUACUCGCCGCAUACGUGAAUAAUCCCGCCCACGCUACUGUUGAAUGACACUGAGUCAAAGGAAAUGUAAUCUUAUCGACGCCUUUUAUUGAUUGGAGAAAAAAAAAGGUUUCGUGUUCUUACAUUCUUUACAUGUCAAUAUAAAAAUUCGGAUUUGAAUCAAACAGUAUUAAUAAUGUGUUAAAGUCAAAUUUACCACAUUAGUCGCAUCAUGAUUGGGCCUCUACCGUGCCUCAGGCGAGGAACACUUGUUACUUAUGAGCGACGCUCUAGAUCACAUGGUAAAUGGCUCGUACUUGUAUAACGCUCAAGUCCGACCACCCCAAAGCGCUCUGACCACCCACAGCAUGAGUAGUGUCUUGCCCAAGGACACAACGAUGAGAGCUUAGGAUUGAACCGGCAACCCGCCAGUUGCGCCAUCGUCGCCCCUUCGUCAGUCACAUGACCCAUUCAGCGACGGAUCCGACCCUCUCAAGUUACAUUGGCAGGUUUUUGAGAAGGAUAGCCUGCUUGGAGCAUGGAUACACCGCCAAGUGCCGCCCAAAAGAAAUUACACUCUUCUGACACAAAUAACCUUUUCCAGCUAACCUGAGUUUGUAUCAUGUUUUUUUUUUUUUUAGUUAGUUCACCAAAAUCCUUUGAUUGCACAAAGAUGUUUUAAAUCGCAGCAACUGCCCGUGCGUACAUAGCUCCGCCCUGCUCUCUGCUCUACAACCCUUUACCAAGGCACAUUUGGCUCAGUGUGUUUCACAGGGAGUCGGCGGGGGCCAAUAUUCAUGCCGUGACUUGCACAAGCACUUCUGCGUCUUGAACUUUUUCACGUUCCAAACACAAACUUAAAUGUGUUUUAUCGUCAGUUAUGUCACAUACCAACAGAAAAAAAAAAAUCAUGCAAAGUUGUGAAGUGGACAAAAUGAAGAGCCAAAAAAAAGAAAAACACAACAGUUUUCAAAAUGCGAUGGUGGUGGCAGCAUCAUAACGCUUUUCCCUAUGCCACGACCAGGCGGGAAAAUUAUCAGAGUUGAGUGUAACUUAAAGGGCAAUCCUGGUAGAAAGCUGGUUGGAUGGCUCCAAUCCUCCAGCAGGACAGCGAGCCUAAACUUAAAGCCACACCUACAGUGCAGCGAUCUGGAUUGAAGCAUAUCAAUGUCUUUGAGUGGCCCAGUCAAAGCCCAGAACUAACUUCAAUUGAGAAUCUGGCAAACUUUGAAAAAGUUGAGGCGGCAUUAUUACUUUUGCAGGACACUAUAUGCACUGUAGAAUUUAAACUGCUGGUAUCACGAUGCCAUACUCCCAUUGUUGCGAUACUGAUUGAAGGAAAGCUCUCUGGAAACGUACGUCAACCACUUAAUAAUCCGACUAAUUAGGUCAGCAUUCAGUCCCACAUCCCUAACUUUAUGAAACUGAAGUGAAAGGAAAUCACAGUCUACUCCAGGCACUUAAACUGAAGCUUCUGUCACACCUACAAGCCCCUCAUCUUGUUUCGCCAUGACAAUCUACUGUACGACAUCCCCAUUUUUAUCGGUUACUACAACGUGUAGCCACGUUUUUUGUUUUUUUGGUACAUGCGACAGAAUCUAAAUGCGGUGGGGUUGUGUGGAGCAACAGUGGUUGAGAACUGUUAAGCGUGAUGGUUUAUUUCUGUAAGUUAUAUUUGACCAAAAGAAAAAGGGAAAAAAAAAAGGUGCAAUACUCCAGUAUUUCAUGUGCUCCUCGGCACCCCAUAAAGGAAAUCAGUCUCAUAGCAGCUGCACUCUUUGUCUAUGAAUAAAUACUAAUUCAGAGAAUAGUUGUGGUAUUUAAAUUCUUAUCACAUAGAGAAUAUAUAUAUGGAUAUUUGCAAAAAAUAAAAUAAAAAAAGAAGAAGUGUAUUUAUGAUGUGUGUGUCAUCCUGAAGAGUAUUUUUCAAAGUAAUCAGAUCUAAUCUGAGUAUUCCGAAUCUGUUUGCUUCUCCAUGCUUUCGUGGUCCAGGCUAAUGAAUCAUUGUAGGAUACCAUGUUGGGAUAUUUCAAGGAAGUGUUCUUUUCUAUGAUUAUAUCAUUUUAUUGUUUUCUCUGCCUACAUGUGUCCAGAUGUGGCGAUGUUUAUAAUACAAGCAACUUUUGUUGUUUUCUUUUUUUUUUGGUAUGGUUUAUAUAUUUUUUGUCUUUCAAACAUGUGCCUUGCUUUGUGAUUUUGGUCUAACUUCAAUACAGUAGAUGGGUAUGUAAAAUAUCAGGGAAUUGAUCUCUUUUUCCCGCGUCGCUAUCAUAGUUACAUUUGUUAAAAAUCAAUGAAGUCCUGUUUGCUUCCCCUUCUGGACAACUGGAAACCACCCAGUUGCACUUCGCUUAAGUUGGUUGCAUGUAUUAAAACCACAUUAGCGAACACAGUUUCUCUCUUCACUUUAAAAGUCACAUGGGAAAAUGCACACUUUCCUGCUAAGAGUAAAAUAACUUGAUCAACAGCAUCUAGCUCACUAAUGUCCUCUUCGAUCCUACUGUUUGGGUUCAUACUUUUCAUCUCAGUUGCUUUGGAUGAUACUAUGGCUUAGGUAAAUAAUGCUUCAGCAUCACCGUCUAUGACACAAAUAUGCAACACUUCUGAGGAAUACUAAUAUUAUAUCAACUCAUGUGAGGGUAUGUAGACACUCUGUCUGUACUGUAGAAGGUUUAGUCACCUCAGCACGCUGAACUCUUGCAGUGGCUUCAGCUGGCAGCAGCCAGACCUUUCUGAUAAAUUAAGCCAAUAAUAAUUUGACCGCUAGAGCACUAUGAGAAAAUUUUGUUUUCAGGUGAUCCUUUUAUCCCAAUACACUAUACACAGUCAACCCCCCCCCCCCCCCCCCCCCCAAAAAAAAAAUUAAAUCAAAAAUACUGCCUUCCCCUAUAUUAAAACGAGGAAUGUUGAGCAUCUUGCAAAGAUAUACUUUGGUAUAAAUAUAAUUUUUUAGCAUAUCAGCAUUAACUUAUUAUUGGUAUCAGGGCUUUGAAACAAUUGUGCAAACGAUUGUGACUUUAUUCUCGGAAAUUCAAAAUUUUGUGAUUCAUUUCACAUAUUUGCAAGAAAAACUUGUAUGUUCUCUAAUGUUGAAAAGUUAUAUUCAAGAAAAAAAACGUAUCAUUUUGAAUGAUUAAAGGCAUACAUUUGCUAUAUUAAAACUAGAAUAUUCUCUGAGAUUGAAAAGUCAGAAAUCUGAAUGACAAUAAACUCAGAAAUGUAUUAACAAUGUGAUUAAAGUUUGAUAUAUUACACUUCCUGUAACACAAAAUUAACUAUUACGAUCUAGGCAAGAAUGUAGCUGUAUAAACCUGCAAUAUCUGCUCAGUUUAUCAAGAUGUUGCUUUGUUGUAAAAGCGCUCCAACAUUUUCAGAGAAGUCAUCUCGUGACCCCAAUAUGGUAUAUCACGACCCCCCUUGCGGUCUCGACCCCCACUUUGGAACCCAUGCCCUAUACCAAACAAGGGAACAUCAAAAGCACCGCACAUUCAAACGACCUAAUUUCCUCACAUUUAAACACAAGUACCAUGCUUCCUAUCCUACAUACUGUAAAUGGCAAGACAGCAGCUUAAAUGUACAUAGCCACGUUAUAUGCUUAUA